UUCCCACUUUCAUGGAUUCUCUGCAGCUUUUGUCAUGGGCGUGCAUCGUGUUCACAAUUUCCAUGUUCUCUACUGGAUUGCAUUGUUUGUUUUUACAGGUCCGAUCUUAGGAGGAUGACACAGGUUAAAAACACAGAAAACAUCCAGUUUUUGCCUUUCCUUACCACACACCUCAAUAACAUUGGAUGGCUGUACUAUGGUUAUCUGAAAGACGACUGGACACUGAUAACCGUCAAUCUAAUUGGUGCCUCACUCCAGGCCACCUAUAUUCUGGUCUACAUUUAUUAUUCUGCUGAAAAGAAAAACGUUCUGCUCAAAACCAGUAUGGCUUUGGGAGUCCUUAUUGUGGCAUACUUAUACUUCACCACUGUGGUGACAGAAGUAAAUUCCCGGCUAAGUCGGUUAGGUCUGUUCUGCAGUGUUUUCACUAUCAGCAUGUACAUGUCUCCUUUGGUUGAUCUGGUAAAGAUCAUUCAAACUCGUAGUACAAAGUGCCUUUCAUUCCCCUUGACUGUAACAACAUUCCUCACUUCUACUGCCUGGACGCUUUAUGGCCUGCAGCUGAAUGACCUGUAUAUUAUGGUGCCUAACUCUCCUGGAAUUAUCACCAGCCUUAUUCGUUUUUGGCUUUUCUGGCAGUACCCAACUGGCAAAGAGAAGCACUCUUCUUACAGACCUCUGCACGCUUAAGCGUAAAAGUUUUCUUUUUUGUUGUUUUUAAUUUUUUGUUUAAAGAUAUCAUUUUGGACACCAAGCCAUACAAAUCAGGAAGUCCGAAUUACCAUUUGAUUUACAGCAUCUGCAGUUUGCAAACACCUUUUAUUUAUGGGACCAAAGAAACCAAACGAAGAACAUUUCUUCAGAGGUGCACUUUAACUUUAGCUCUAUGGACUCUGUUCAGAUAAGAUAAUAGACAGAUGUUUUGAUGUCAUUUUUCUAUACUCUUCUUCUAUAAUGGAUGUGUGUCAAAUUAGAAGAAAAAUGUUUAGGGCUAAGCAUAAUUUAACAGUAAAACUGUACAUAUUAGUCAUCUAACAAUCAGGGGAAAGGUCUUUAGUGGAGACAAGGUAAAAUCUCAGAUCACAGAGAAUAAUUACUAUUUUCAAAGGUCAAGUGCUACAACUUUUUCUUUAGUUCAUGAGUUUAUCUUAAGGCUACUGCAGCUGCAAAAAAAGUUUACACAUAGAAGCACAAAGCACCGUCCAAGCACUAAGUAGAUGAAAUCAUAAAGCUGGGCAGAUGUAGUAGCCAAGGUUUAUAAAAGAGGAAGUUUAACAAUAUGGAAUUUAAAAACUGAAAGAUACUGUGUUCAUACUUUAUAAGUUAAAAUGUAAAAAAAAGUUUUAAAUACUAUUUAUUGCACUCAUUUGUUACACUUUACUGAAUUGUUCCUGUUGUGUAGUGUAGGAAUCAAUGGCUUCCUUAAGAAAAGCUAUUUCAUACUUUUAUAGAUCCAAAUGUUCUCUUUUGUUACUUGCUAAGCUUUUUUUGCACCAUACUGUUGAUGCCUUAUCCACUCUAGUAAAACUGAUUUUUCCAAUAUCAUAAAACUAUGCAAAGCUCAACAUCUAACAUUUUAUUCUUGUAUAGUAGGAAAAAAAAAAUGUUUAUAUUUUUUUUCAUCAGCUAAGCACCAAAUCAUUAACUCUUUGAGGGCUGAAUAUUUUUUCUUGCUCACAAAGCAAUGGCUUCCUACAUAAACCAACAUAAAACUGUGCUGCUGUUGACGCAAGUGCGGCAUUUCUGGCUGCAGUGGCUGCGCUGGGGAGCCUCGAUGGCCAGCAGGAAUGCACGGUGGGCCAGCUACCUGGCUGUCUUCGCACAGCGAGUGGCGCAUUGUGACCCAAUGUGGUUUGUUCCUCUUGUCAUUAUAAGUGGUGGUCAUCCCAAGCUGUCGGAGUAUCAGCGACACGAACGAACGUGUUCAGCGCCACGAUCAGCCAAUGCGUUCGUUUUUCAUCUCCAUCUCCAGAUCACUUGCAUCAAAUUCCAAGUCCGACAAGUCAGAGUGCGGUUCAGCAACAAUACAUAAUAACGUCCAUGGAGCUCCUCGCUACUCAGGCUGGCACAGGAAAUCGAGGAAUAAACGAGCAGAGCUACUUCACUUUUCUCCUAGCAAAGAGAGGCGAACUAAAACGUCGGGGCGAGUUUUGUCGCAGUUUACAGCUGAUUACCGUCCUUGACCCUUCGAAAUUCGAGAAAAGUCGACAUCAGCCCUGAAAGAGUUAAGUAGAAAAUGCCGAAAGACCAAUCUGUUUUACUGCACUCUCCUUGGACCUGAUAACAGAGUUGCAGUGAUGCACAUAAUAUAAAAAUUAGGCACAGAUCUAAGCACUUCUUUUACUAAUGGUACUUCCACAUUUAUCUAAACUUUAAUUUGCCAACAGGGUAAAGUUUCACCUUACAAAUGCUGCUUUUGACACUUUAGCUGGCCAAUAAAGUGAAUUCUGAUUGAAUUUCAAAUGUAAGGGAUAAGGCCUAUUUACAAUAGUUGGAGUAAUAAUAAACACACAAAGGGUACAUGUGUAACAAUUUCAACAUUUGAUUCGUUUUACAACAUAUUUCACACUUGCCUAUACAGUAAUCCCUCACUGUAUCGCGCUUCGCCUUUCGCGGCUUCACUGUAUCGCGGAUUUUUUGCUGGUUCGCGGAUUUCUGCGGACAAUGGGUCUUUUAAUUUCUGGUACAUGCUUCCUCAGUUGGUUUUCCCAGUUGAUUUCAUACAAGGGACGCUAUUGGCAGAUGGCUGAGAAGCUACCCAACUUUCUUUUCUCUCUCUCGCGCUGACUUUCUCUGAUCCUGACGUAGGGGGAUUGAGCAGGGGGGCUGUUCGCACACCUAGACGAUACGGACACUUGUCUAAAAAUGCUAAAAGAUUAUCUUCACGUUGCUACCUUCUGUGCAGCUGCUUCGUGAAGCGACAUGCUGCACGGUGCUUCGCAUACUUAAAAGCAUGAAGGGCACGUAUUGAUUUUCGAUUGUUUGUUUUUCUCUGUCUCUCUCUAUCUCUCUUUCUCUGCUCCUGACGGAGGGGGUGUGAGCUGCCGCCUUCAACAGCUUUGUGCCGUGUUGCUUCGCAUACUUAAAAGCCAAACAGCCCUAUUGAUUUGUUUGCUUCUCUCUCUCUCUCUCUCUGACAUUCUCUGCUCCUGACGCGCACUCCUUUGAAGGGGAAGAUAUGUUUACAUUCUUUUAAUUGUGAGACGGAAUUGUCAUCUCUGUCUUGUCAUGGAGCCCAGUUUAAACUUUUGAAAAAGAGACAAAUAUUUGUUUGCAGUGUUUGAAUAACGUUCCUGUCUCUCUACAACCUCCUGUGUUUCUGCGCAAAUCUGUGACCCAAGCAUGACAAUAUAAAAAUAACCAUAUAAACAUAUGGUUUCUACUUCGCGGAUUUUCUUAUUUCGCGGGUGGCUCUGGAACGCAACCCCCGCGAUGGAGGAGGGAUUACUGUACUGUAUCACUACAGGUACACUCAGGGAGAAAGAUUUUAUUUAAACAAAGUUUAUUCAAAGUGUCUCUCAUUAACAAAAUAUAUUAAGUUGAGCUAAAAAAAAAAAAAAAAUUUAGUUUUAAGCCGUCAUGAAACAGAAGUUAAAAAAAAGAGCAGAGAAUAAUAGUUUUUAUCCUUGUUUUUGCCUGCAUAGGAUGAAAAUUAAUGCAUUUUCUGUAGUAAUUUGGAGAAUAUUUAAAGUAAAGAGUUUUUGUAUAAUUUACUUAAUGGUAUUCUUACCAGAGACUGAAAUGCCACAAAAGCAAAAAGACUUGUGAUAUUUCAUUUCAUUGUUUUCAUUUAAGAUUAUUAAUAAUUAUGGUUUACUCCUUUUCAUUACAAAUAAGACUUUGAAAGUUUUGUAAAAAAUUUUUUUACAGAAUUUAAAUUUAGAACUGAAAUUCUUUUUUAUAUGUUGACUUUAAAAAGCAAAGGUAUACAGUACUUAUUUGAGAAGUAUGUAGUGAUGUGUAGUAUGCCUUGUUACAGUUUAGUAGGAGAAAUAUUUUUCUAGCUGUACAUUGCAAAACUUUCUGUACUAUUUUUUUUUAAGCUUUUGGAACUAGGAACUGUAAUAUAUCCAUGUAUUCCUGAUAAAAAUUAAAUGCUUUUUACGAAA